GGAUAACCAAGACAACACUCUCAGAUGGGGCUGGGGGAAAGGCCUAUCCCCCUUACUGGCUGACUUAUAUUAUAUAAAGAGCCGCUCCUCAUCUCUAGGUCUUCUUUUUCACAAUCACAGUCAACUCCCUGUGCAUCCUCUAGACCAUCCAACUAUCAUGAAGAUUUCCUGGCUCUUUGUCUCCCUCGGUCUCUCCGCCGCACCAGCGCUCGCAGAGCCAAUCGCAACGUUGGACCUCAAAAGCGUAGCGGAGACAUGGGCCGAGCAUCCCGAGUCGGGUGAAUGCCUCCCAAACUGGACAAUCGACGUACCAGUUGAUUAUGUGAACGUCAAACCAGAAGCCCACGGCGUUGUAUGCUCGUUUUUCCCCGAGGCGGACUGCAAGGGUCAAGGGACUGCCCUGACCGACGGCGAAUACGAGUUCAAUGGUGACUUUUAUUUCAGGAGUUUCGGGUGUGUUGAGUGGGUUCGUAAGGAGGCUUGAUCUAGACUAUCGAGGUGUGGUGGUCCUCUUGCAGUUUCCUGCCCGUGCUUGGUCCGCGGUUUGCAAACGCCACAGCAUGCUGCCUUAUAACCGGUUUGAAAGAGGUGCCUAAGCAUACGGUUCUCUAUCCUUGACUGGCAAGUCUGUUCGGUCUUCUUCCGAUAUCAUUUUGUGUAUUUAUCAGUAUGCGGAAUUCAUAUUCUAGACCACGAAAAGACAGAAAAGCGUGUAGUGUCCAUUGCCCUGAUCAUUGAGCUUGUAUGCCUUCCAAAGCAUCGAAAGCAUUACCGUGGCGCCAUUCACGGUUCCUAAAAUUGCAGCAGGAGACGC